GCUAUGUCAGGCAUGUUUGCUAUUGGCAGAAUUAGAUUGGUAUGAUAAAUUUAAUAUAACCAAGUUUUUUUUGUUUUUUUUUGUUUUUUUUUGUCUGNUUUUGUACUAACAAUCAGUUAAGUUUUCUAUCUUUAGCAAAAGCAGCUUCCACUUAUAACUAUGUCAAGCCAAAAAUGACAAUGGAUAUAGUUCUAGAUAUCAAAGAAGGGCGCCAUCCUUUAUAUGAAACAAUUGCUGCCACAUUUGUGCCAAAUGGUAUAUAUUUAAAUGGCUCUACUUCGAACGACGAAAAGUGGUUUGAAAAUGGGUUUGAAAGAAUAUUAUUACUAACUGGAGCGAAUUUUUCAGGAAAAUCUGUAUAUUUGUCCCAAUGUGCUUUAAUUACUUUUUUAGCGCAUAUUGGCUCAUAUGUUCCUGCAUCAAAAGCAACCAUAGGCUUGACUGACAAGAUACUAACAAGAAUAAUGUCAAAAGAAAGUAUUUCAAAGAUGCAAAGCACUUUCCUAAUUGACUCUCAGCAGAUGUCUAAAUGCUUGAAACUAAUGACAGAAAAAAGUUUGCUUAUAG